UGACUAUAAAACUCCGUCGGUUACGCUCGGCUACGUGGACUGCAAGUUGCCUUCAAAGCCCUUGGCUUGGAUUCAUUUGCAACAUUGAUGACCGUCCUUGCAAGCUCUGCGUCCUCCAAGUCUAUACGUCUUUUACCACGUCUCAGACUACCGGAAUCACGCAACGCAGACUCGCGCUUUUGGCAGUUUGCAAAUAAUCCCGAUUGAUAGCCCCAAUCUAGCGCUUAAGUACCCCACACGGAUCCAAUCUCCAUCCUUAACAUCUAUUGGCUUGCGCCAGAACCACCCGCGAACCCAAUUUUCACGACUACAGACCUCAAGACCGUUCUCCAGCAGUUCACGUACAAGAUCCAACUUUGCGUUCUCGCUAUUUGAAAGUGAUCCUGCCAUGGCUUCGUUGACGCCGCCACAGUCUCCUCCUAAGUGGAACCACACCCCGGAAGAAGUCCUGAGUAUCACCAAGCAGGCCCUUGCUCAGAACAAGGCGGUCAGUGACAAAGUCGCGGCUCUCCCGGAGGCUGAAUGCACCUUCGAAUCAUUACCGCUUGCUAACGCAGAGGCGGAAGCCCUGAUCAUUUGCGAGCCUCUUUCAUUCUACCAGAACGUCUCCACCUCCAAAGAGCUCAGAGAUGCUUCCAAUCAAGCGGAGGUUCUUCAGCGUGAUUUUGACGUCGAGGAGUCCAUGCGUCCUGACGUAUUCAGAGCCAAGGCCGCCGCGGAGAAAAAUCUGCGCGAAUCUGGUGCAUGGGAGAAACUGAGCGACGAACAGCGGAGGCUUGUGGAGAAGAUGGUGUUGGAUGGUAAGAGAGCCGGUCUCGCGCUCCCUGAGAAGGAGCGCGAGGAGCUGAUGAAGUUGAAGAAAGAGCUCUCGCAAGCUUGCUUGGAUUUCAGCAAAAACUUCAAUGAAGAGGAUGGUCGCAUCUCGUUCACUCUCGAAGAACUGGAUGGUGUCCCAGCUGAUGUCAUCUCGGGUUACACUAAGCGCACUGAGGGCUCGAAGGAAGUCUAUGAUGUCACUUUCAAGACGCCAGAUAUCUUCCCAAUCUUCAAAUCCGCGCACAAUCCAGCCACGCGACGCAGGGCUCAAGAAGGAUAUGAUGACCGACUAAAACAAAAUGUGCCUUUACUUGAGAAGGCGCUUGACCUGCGCCGGCGCAUCGCCGCGAUGCUUGGCUAUGAGACCUGGGCUGACUACAUUACGGAAGUGAAGAUGGUCAAGUCUGGUAAGAACGCCGAGGAAUUCCUUGAUGACCUUGAGGGGAAGCUGCGCCCUGUCGGAGAAAAAGAGCGUAAGAUCCUCCUUCAGCUCAAGAAAGAGGAUCACGAGGAGCGCGGUCUUCCGUUCGAUGGCGAGUUCUACAUCUGGGACUACAGGUACUAUGACCGCGUCUAUGUCGAGAAGACACUCAACCUCGACGAAUCCCUCGUGAAGGAAUAUUUCCCGGUCUCCGUCGUUGUUCCCACGAUCUUGAAAAUAUACCAGGACCUGCUUGGAGUCAAGUUCAUUGAGAUCAAGGACGACGCCAAAGAUGUCUGGCAUCCAGAAGUGCAACAAUUUGCGGUGUGGGAGAAGGAUGCCAAAGACGGAUCUGCAUUUGUAGGAUAUUGCUAUCUUGACCUAUUCCCCCGCGCUGCAAAGUACUCUCACGCAGCUGUGUGGGGCCUUCUCCCGGGCUAUGAACUGCCAUCGGGCGGACGUCACUACCCUCUGACAGCAAUGGUGGCGAAUCUCGCAAAGCCAACUCCCGACCGGCCCGCUCUAAUGCGACACGACGACGUAACGACGUUUUUCCAUGAGAUGGGCCAUGUCUUCCAUGGAUUGCUGAGCCGAACGAAGUACGCGCGAUUCCACGGUACAUCUGUGGCGAGAGAUUUCGUUGAGGCCCCUUCGCAAAUGCUUGAAAACUGGUGCUGGGAGCCCAAAGUGCUCCAGCGAAUGUCAAGCCAUUACAAGACACAGGAACCGCUGUCGCCGGAAUUGAUAGAUAAGAUGAUAAAGAGCCGCUACGUAAACGUUGGGCUAUUUUACCUUCGGCAACUGUUCUUCGCCAAGUUUGACCUCAAAGUGCACGUGGAUAAAGAGGCGGCAGAUUACACCAAACUCUGGAAUGACCUGCGUGAGUCGAUCUCGCUAGUAAAAGGGGGUAAAGCCCAGCCUGGACAAGGCACUUUCGGACACAUCGUCGGUGGCUAUGACGCAGGGUACUACGGGUACACGUACUCGCUGGUGUUUGCCGCGGACAUGUAUGCGACAGUUUUCAAGAAGGAUCCGUUGAACCCUGCUUUUGGCAAGCUUUACAGGGACAAGAUUCUCCUUGUGGGAGGUAGCCGGGAUGAAACGGUGUCCCUUGAGGAUUUCCUGGGUCGACCGCCAAACUCGGAGGCCUUCUUGCAGGAGAUGUUCGGGAAAGCUCCUUCUGCGAGCCUGUGAGAAAAGAGAAAAGCAGAGAGACGUAUACAUUCAGGAUUCAGUACCUAGUAGUCAUGUGACAGUCAUAGCAGAAGGAAUUGCAUGUGUAUUUAUGGGGUUCAGGAA